CACAUAGAGCCCUGACAUCAGACCAACUUCUGAACGACUAUCUAGGAAGGUACUAUACGCCAAGAGACAAACAAACAACCAGACAGCUGCAAUUUUCAAGACAAGCACCUUGGAAAAGAAGAAAUUCUGAAGACCUCUGAUUGUGCUGAACAUUGAGAAUUGGAAUAUCUCAUCCAAUUUUAGGAACAAGAACAUCAAAGAAUGAAGUACUAUCAGUGUCCAGUUUCCCAGAAGAUGUGCUAUGAGGGGUGCAAACCAAAUGCCACUAGACCAGUAUCAUGCUUUCAUUCACAGCCUUCCAUCAAACCUGUUCGCAAUGUUCACUUUCCCAACGAUAUAGUUUUUCAGGAUUAUGUCCGUGAAGGAGAGCUGGAGAGAAUCGGACGCUUCAUUAGAACCAAAAGAGUGAAUCUGGACACUAUCUAUCAUUCAGGCAUGGCAGCCAUUCAUGAAGCAGUCCUAUCUGGAAACCUGGAGUGUGUGAAGCUUCUGGUAAACCUUGGGGCUGACAUCACCCAGAGGGACGAGGAUGGAUGGACUGCCCUCCAUAUGGCCUGUAGUGAUGGCUUUCCAGAAAUAGCGAAGUACUUGCUUUCUUUGGGUGCAGACACUGAGGCUGAAAAUGACUGUGGGGAGAAGCCUGCUGACCUCAUUGACCCAGAAAGCAAAGAGCUGCUUGAACUCUUUGGCGUCGGUGGUGACUGAUCUUGCCUGACACUGAAGUUCUGAUUGCAUUCUUCUUUUAUGCCAUUUGCCACGUUAAAGGGAUAAAGCCAGAAAAGGUGUGGAACAGGCACUGUGUAUGCAGUGGAGCUGGUAGUUGAGACACCUUGACAGAGUGUCCAGUCAUAAUUGUCUGGUCCUGCGCAUUAGGACCAGGGACAGUGAUAGGAUGUGAGCUGUACUUGCCUCCGGCAGGAAGGAACUCUUUCAGAGUUGAAAAUGCAGUGUGUUCUUGCUGUAUGCUAAUGACAGUCAAUUUGUUGCUUUUUUGAGACAUGAUUUUUAAGUAGCACAUCAAUGCACAGAGUUUGAUAGCUCACUGUGAUUGUAAGAUUUUUAAAAAAAUCAAUUUACAUAUAAAACUUUACUGUACAUAAAGUCUUAAUUUUAUACAUGCCUGGAUUAAAUGUUUUUAUACCUAUACAUACAA